CUUUCCUACUUAAACUUACCAAAAUUUAGUGGAAUGACCUUUUCCCCAUAAUUUGCGUUAAAUCUAACGAACAUAGAUUGUUAAACAUUUUACGGAGACGAAAAGUGUUAACUUUUGGCAAACUUAAAGCACCAAAAUUGUUCAGUGCAUAGUGAUAAAUAGCCUAAUUUCGAGGGUCUUCACUGUCCCUGUUGCCAUGAAGUAGCUCGCCAGCCCCGUUGAAGGCAAACAACGACAUUGUAUGGCUAUUCCUCUAUUUCGAGGUUUCCGAAGACUACCGUUACUUUCACUUCACAGGCCUCUAUCCUCUUCCUCUACCUCUUACAGGCCAAUUCUUGGAAACCCAGAAAGCUUUUUGCACUUGUCAAGGUUUGUGCCUCAGAAUAGCUUAAUCCGACAAAACCCAUGUUGGGACUUGAGGAACUUUAGCCAUGGAAGUGUGAAUUUUGUUAUAACAAAAGAUGGGAAACCCAAGUUUGAGACACAUGAAGUGGAAGCACCAAAGAAAGAGAAAUGGAAGACAAAGAAGAGGCUGAAGCUGCAAAGGAAGAGAGAGAAGAAGAAGAGAAAUGCUGCAAAUAAGAGGGAUCCAAGAAGGCUUGGUCUUAAGGGGAAGAAGAAGAAGCAGAAGUUUGACACUGCUGAAGAAAGAAUUAAGCAGAAGAUAGAAAAUGCAAAAGUCAAAGAAGCCCUGUUAAUUGAGAGACUAAAGCGAUAUGAGGUUUCCAAAGUUCAAGGUCCUGAGGUUAAGCCACACUUUCUCACUGGUGAAGAACGAUUCUAUAUCAAAAAGAUGGGGCAAAAAAGGUCUAAUUAUGUGCCAAUUGGCAGAAGGGGAGUCUUUGGAGGUGUUAUUCUUAAUAUGCAUUUACAUUGGAAAAGGCAUGAAACAGUCAAAGUCAUAUGCAAACCUGGUGAAGUCCAAGAAUAUGCCGAUGAAAUUGCAAGACUGAGUGGCGGCAUCCCAAUUCAGAUAAUUGCAGAUGAUACAAUAGUUUUUUACAGAGGAAGGGAUUAUGUGCAACCCGAAAUUAUGUCUCCUAUUGAUACACUGUCAAAGAAGAAGGCAUUGGAAAAAUCCAAAUAUGAGCAGUCGCUAGAGUCUGUGAGACGUUUCAUUGCCAUUGCUGAGAAGGAACUUGAACUCUACUACAGACAUGUCGCCCUAUAUGGUGACCCAAGUAAUCGGAGUGCUUACUCCAUCCUUGAUGAUUCAAGAAGCACAAGAGGAAAACGAAAUGCUGAGAUAGGAGAGGAGAACUAUUCAGCAAGCGAAUCUAAUUUGUCGGAUCUUGAGUUGUCAGAAAUUGAUGAUAGUUGUUCUGAUGACAACCAGUCUUCAAGUUAAUUUGAAUUUGAAUUUGAGGAUACCUACGAAUCAAGUAGUGAUGACUUGGACUUUGGGGAGGGGGCACUAGGAAUUACUUAGGUAGCAUAUAGGGAACUACUAGUAAAUAUUCCGAAGUUAAUCCUGGUAGUCAAGAAUUUCUUGAAUUUGAAGAUUUGAGACCUGAAAUAUUGUGGUUUUAAUUCUUGCUCUGAUAAUUGAGGAACCAGAAUAGAAUAGGAGUUUUCAAUUCCAAAUCUUCAGUUUGGUUGUCCUGAAAACUGCACAAAAACUAGAAUUUGAUCCUAAAAUUGCCUGAACUAAUUCUAUAGUCCAGCUUAAAAAUUCUGAUUCUAAUUUAUAGUUUACCUUUCCAUUUGGUUUCCUUGUAUGGACGCUGGACUUUAACAAGAAGGAAUGCUGGUGAGAUUAUCUAGGGGAUCCUCCUCCUUGUGUUGGCAAUAUCUGACCUGAUUGUUGAUGUUUGUAACUUGAUGGUGAAAUCCACUUUUAUUUCUUCAAUUGAUGGCUGAAAGGGUUUCUUCAAAGCUUCUAUAAAAUCUUCGUGGGCAUAUCUUGGUUACAGUUUUGAUUCCCGCGGAACUGCAAUAUAUUCAGGUUUGGUUGAAGAGAAGGGCCAGAUAUUUUCCUG